AGUCUCCUGGGUUUAAAGUAAAAGGCUUUUGCAAGGAUUAUGACCAAGUUAAACCUUCGUAGUGCUGUGUUUAUCAAACAUCUAACUAGACGUUACUUCGGCCACACAAGGAUGGUUUUGAUUGGCGUUUUACUUUUUGUAACAUACACUUUGGUGUUCCGUAAGUAUUCUGGCGCACCGGUUGAUAGGGCAAUGAAACGCAUUGACCCUCGUGGAAAAGUUGUGGGCACUAUUUCAAGCAAGUCUCUGACGCUGCCUGCAUUCUCUAGCAAAAACAACAUAUCGGCAGUGUUCGUUGGCGUUCGUAAUUUUAUUUCGCCAUUUGUGGUCACUGACGGAGACGCCUUAAACAAAGCUGCCUUAAAGAGCGAAUGUGAAACAUCUGUUGGGAGAGACAAGUUUUCAGAAUGUCAAGGUCACCGAAAUCAGUUCGUCGUCAAGGGCGCAGUCGAUGUCAGAGUGAAAGCCAGAACAGUAGCCGCCAUCAGGUCUUGUUCGAAUGGGUCUCGUGCAUGCAUACAGACUAGGAAGUUGGACUUCAAAGGAUGUCUCUACUCAGGAUGUCUACACACAGACGACUGGAAAACCGCUGAUGUGCUUGUCAUUGAGGCAUUCUAUCUUCAGAGAGUGACAAUUUUACCACGUUACAAGAGGCCCAGCAAACAGAGGUGGGUGAUGAGCUCAAUGGAAGCUCCCUGCAGGCACCCUCAGACUACACACCUGAACAGCAGCCAGUUUGAUGGUCAGUUUAACUGGAGCAUGACCUACAACCUUGAUUCGGACAUCCCUACACUGUACGGCAAGCUCAAGGUCAUAACGCCGGAACCCAGCCUAAACUAUGACGCUAUUUUUUCCACAAAGACGGUCCACGUGGCGUGGUUCGUCAGCCACUGCAUCACCUCAAGUCUCCGGCAAGAGUAUGUCGCCCGGAUGCGGAAAAUCAUCAACAUCGAUAUUUUCGGUCACUGCGGCAGUAUGAACUGUUCAUUUGGCUCCAACUACCGACAUAUUGACCUCUCGCAUUGCCUGCCUCUACUGUCCAGCACGUACUUCUUCUAUUUGGCUUUUGAGAAUUCUAUAUGCAAGGAUUAUGUCACCGAAAAGGUCUUCAAGCUCUUCCCGGCGGCCAAAGUAAUUCCAGUUGUUCGCGGGGGGACAGAUUACAGACGCUACUUCCCGCCAGAAACUUUCGUGGACGCGUCUGAUUUCAGCACACCGGAAGAGCUGGCGUUCUACCUCGUCGGGCUGUCGAAAGACAAGGCGCGAUAUCUGCGCAUGCUCAGAGAGAAGAGCAGGUACGAAUCUGUGGCGAAUGAGCCUUGGCAUUGUAAGCUUUGUGAGAAAAUGACUAAAGACGACUCAGUCCAGUGGUAUCCUGGCAACAACAUGUGGGCGUGGUUUGUUCAGAAUAAGUGUAGCAAUCCGACUCAUGUUUAGCUUUUAACCCCAGCAUGGGUCAGUUAACCAGAACUUUAGUGCGUGAUUUCUUCGGUGUAUUCCGUACCUCCUGAAAGAUAUAGGCCUACAAACAAAUGAAGAUUUUACAUGACGUGUCAUAUAAUAGGUGUUCAUCUGAACGCAUAUUAAAAAAAAAAGAGUUUUUUUUUUUUUUAAAUGUAGAUCAUUUUUUUUUAUCUAUAUUAUUGCAAUUUCUUGCAGUUUCCUACAUGUGAUAAGACAUUAUACAUGCGCCAUUCAAGAAUGGAGCAGCCUAUAUUUUUAUAUGUGAUACGCUAGAGAGUUACUGAACUAAUGGCCUAAUAAAGAGAAUGCGUUAUAGGGCCUACAGUAGUGGACCAACAAGUUACGGAUUUUCAUUUUCGAAGGACAGAUACAAACAAUCGAGAGCAAAAACAUCGACUGAGCUUUUUUAUCAGUCUAGUUUUCAAAUCAAACCAAUUCUCUAGGUGUACAAUAUGGGGAAUCUGUGCGCCAAGUAGACACAACAAAUUAAAGUUUUAGCUCUUUUGAAGAUCAUUCAUGCAUUCUCUGAUACUAUAAUAAUGUUUGUGUGGGCAUUCUGCCAUAUUGAUAUGUAUAUCUCAAUAUUGUAACGACCCAUCUAUAAAGUGUUUCUUGUAAAAUGAAUAAACAAACAUAAUUAAA